CCCAGACCCCUCACCUUCUGCCUCCCCUGGUCGCGUCCGGGUCCUUGCGGAGCUAACAAGCUCGCCACGACGUCAAGAACGACGUAACGUCAGGCCGCUGUGGGCUCUGGGAAUUGUAGUCCAGAGCCACAUCGGCCAGAGACAAAAUGGCGUUCUCUUAUUUCUGAGUCGGGGCCUGGCCCGUUUUGACAUUUUUGCGCCCGCGAGGCUUCGGAGAGGGCGUCGCCACUCCAGCCCCUCCAGCAAGCUUGAAGUCAUCUAACGCUAAAGGACUACUUACCUCAAGAGCUCCAUCGUCACAGAAGGAGGCAGCCAGGUUCGCGGGGGGAGGGGAGGAGACAGAGAGUCGACCAGUAAAGCCUCAAGGGAAAUGUAGUCCAAGGCCCGAGAAGCGGCGUUGCUGGUAAUAGAAGGUAAUUCAGUACCAGCCUGGGCCUGGCCGCGGUGACCGAGGCGGGCCGCGUCGCGGAGACUUCUGGGAGUGCUUCCUCGCCUUCGGAGUGCGCAAGCGUAGCGCACCGAGUGGACAUUUUGGUCUUUGUCCGCGGAGGAAGCCUGAGAAGAUGAUGCACAGAUAGAGAGGCACCAGGACGUCGGAGGCACGUUGAUCCAUCUCCAGUAAAGACUGAGGGAAAGAGCAUUGAAUAUAAGAAAAAAUACUUCCUCUGUUCUCAGACCUUAUUUGUUUUAAGGCCACAGCUUUUUGAAGUUUGAGUUUGAAACACAACCUGGACUGAAAUCAUGAGGUAGGUUGUGCAGGAAAGAAUUAUCAAGGGAAUUAGUUGGCAACUUCUCUACCACAGCUUACUCCUUAUGGUAUUCACCCCCUUUAAGUGUAAAUGCCUCUGGUUUAAAACAUUUGUACCUCGUCUCGUACCAGAGUGUUCAUACUGGAGAGAAACCCUAUGAAUUUACUGAAUGUGGGGGAACUUUUACUCACAUGUCACAUUUUAUCGAACGUAGAAGUCAUGCUGAAGAGAAACCCCGUGCUUCUGAGGAGUGUUGACAAGCCCGUAGCUAGAUGACAGUCUCACUGAGAAGCAGAAAAUUCAUGAGAGAGGAGAGAAACCAGUGAAGGUAGCAAUACUUCAUUGAAUAUUAGAAAAUUUUUCUGGAGAGAAAGCAUUGAAUGUACUGAGUAUGAUAACAUUUCCUCUCAAACCGUAUCCCUUACUCUGCAUUUGGGAGGUCAUACACAGAGAAGCCUUAUAAAUGUAAGAGAUGUGGAAAUAUCUUAAGCCAAAAGUAAAUCCUCACUCAUCAAGAAAUUUAUACUGGAGAGAAACCUUGUGAAUGUGGGAAAGCUUCCAUUCAGAUGUCACACCUCAGCCAGCAGAGAAUCUACAGUGGGGAAAACCCCUUUGCCUGUAAGGUAUGUGGGAAAGUCUUCAGCCACAAGUCGAACCUCACUGAGCAUGAGCAUUUUCACACGAGAGAGAAACCUUUUGAAUGUAACGAGUGUGGAAAAGCCUUUAGCCAAAAGCAGUAUGUCAUUAAACAUCAGAACACCCAUACCGGCGAGAAGCUUUUCGAAUGUAAUGAAUGUGGAAAAUCCUUUAGCCAGAAGGAAAACCUCCUUACGCACCAGAAAAUUCACACUGGAGAAAAACCUUUUGAGUGUAAAGAUUGCGGGAAAGCUUUCAUUCAGAAGUCAAACCUCAUCAGACACCAGAGAACUCACACAGGAGAGAAGCCCUUUGUAUGUAAGGAGUGUGGAAAAACCUUCAGUGGCAAAUCCAACCUUACUGAGCAUGAGAAAAUCCAUAUUGGAGAGAAGCCUUUUAAAUGUAGUGAAUGUGGAACAGCCUUUGGCCAGAAGAAGUACCUCAUAAAACAUCAGAACAUUCACACUGGAGAGAAACCCUAUGAAUGUAACGAAUGUGGAAAAGCCUUCUCUCAGAGAACAUCCCUUAUUGUACAUGUAAGGAUUCAUUCAGGUGAUAAACCUUACGAAUGCAAUGUGUGUGGAAAAGCCUUCUCUCAGAGCUCAUCUCUCACUGUGCAUGUGAGAAGCCACACAGGUGAGAAGCCCUAUGGUUGCAAUGAAUGUGGGAAAGCUUUCUCUCAGUUCUCAACCCUUGCUCUGCAUUUGAGAAUCCACACAGGUAAGAAGCCUUAUCAGUGCAGUGAAUGUGGGAAAGCUUUCAGCCAGAAGUCACACCACAUUAGACACCAGAAAAUUCACACUCACUAAGACCCCUUGAACGCCUUGAACGUGGGAAAGCUUUCAUUAGAAAUUUGCACCUCAUCGUACCCCAGAAAUAAUGCUUCUGAAGCAAAGCAUCACGAAUGAGGUUAACUUUAACAAGUACUAAAAACUUAAAGGACACCAGAAAAUUUGUACUGAAGAGAAAGAUAUGCAUAUGGUAAAAAGCCUGUGUCCAACAAAGAAACCUGCGGCAGAGAUAAUGGUGAAAGUUUAGGCACAUUUUCACUAAAAACGGGAACAGAAAAUGGAUGCCUGUUUUUUAUUGCUACCACCAUCGAUCUGGAGAUCUUUGCGGGUAACAAGAAAAAUAAGUUGUAAAUAUUGGAAAGGAACAGACAGAAAUAGAUGACGUGGUCAUCUACAACUAAUAUUAAGACUCCUGUGGUAUUGAUUCAACAGAGCAGAAGAGAUUUCAGAAAAAGACCUAUGCAUUUAUUAGAAUUUGGAAUAUGAUACAAGCGGCAUCAGGAAGUGAGGAAAUAAUGAAACUAUUUUUUUUUAAGUGGACGUAAUUUGUUCUCCAAGGGGGAAAAAAUAGACCAUGAACUAUACACAAAAGUGAAUCCAGAGAUUAAAAACAGAAAUAUGAAAAAGCUAUAUACUAAAAUGCAUAUGACCUUGGGAAUAGGGAAACAUUCCUUGUAACAACUUCAAAAAUACUUAGCAGUUCUACUUGUGAGUAUGAAUGCUCAGGAAAUACAUACUAGGAUAUUUACUGUGGCUUGAUUUGUAGUAGCCAAAAAUUAGAAACAACGGAGAAAGCUCAUCAUGAACAAUAUGGGAAAUUCUUAUGGAAUACUGUAUAUCUGUAAAAUGCAACAAAUGAAAUCCACAUGUAUUAACAGAAAGAUCCCAAAAUUAUUGAGGGGGAUCAAGUUGCAGAAGGAUGCAGAUAGUACAGUGACUCUUUGUAAAUUUGAAUUAAAAAUUCCCUCACAAAACUCAGUACUAUCUCUUGGUAAUGGAUGCAUAUAUGUAUGUACACGUUUUGGAAAUGGAUUGGAAGGAAACAGACCAAACUCUUGAUAGUGGUCACCUGUGAAGAGUGGAGAAGGGAAAGUAAUGAGUGUGGGAGGUGGGGUGGGUAUUGGUUAAAGGGGACUUCAGCUUUUUAUAUAAACAUCCACUUCUCUUUCAAAAGACUUCAAGUAAAUAUAAGAAGAUACUGAUUGAUUCUGGAUUGUGGUAUAGGGAUAUCUUGUCUUAUUUUUUGUACUUUUCUGUAUUUUUAAAAUUUCUCAAAAUAAGAAUGGGAGUGAGGAUGGGAAUGCUGUAUCUGUGGAAGUCAUGUUAUACUGGAUUCAUUUCCAAUCAAAUACUAAACAUUUUAUAGAAAAUAUUUCUAAAAUUUUAUCAUGAAUGAGUGGAUGGACUUGCUCUCUAUGUAAUAUGAAAUUAAUCUAUUUUAUUAAAAUUUAAAAGGACAGCACAAUCC